AUGCUCCAUCUCUCUCUUAUGCUCCCUCUUUUCCCCCAUCACCCCAUGGUAACACUGGAAGGGCGCGAUAUGUGGGCGAUAGGUGUGUCAUGUGUGGAGGAGCCGUGGCUGGCGCUGCUGGCAGAGGAGCUCGCAGCCCACCGCGACGACCUCAGGGAGGUGGCCGCCCAUGUAGCAGCUGUCGACGCCGCUCUUAGCAGGGCUGCUUAUAACGAGGCACAGGACGCAGGUGCGGUCGAGGGGAGCACUGUGGGUGGUGGUGCGGGAGGUGAGGGGGGGGGGGUUGGUGCUGGUGCGAGGGGGGAAGAAGGGUGGGAGAGAGGGGGAGAGGCGGGGAAGGAGGGAGAGGAGGGGAUGGGGAGGGGCGCGGUGGGGGUGGCGGAGAGGUAUGGAGAGCUGCAUGAGUGGCAGCGCGCGCUGAGGGACCUGAGCAUCCAUGUGCGGGGCGUGCGCCGCCAGGCCAACACCAUGCAGCGCCUAAUGCUCACUGUUGAGGCCGCUGCUGCUGCCGCUGCCGCUGCUGCCGCUGCUGCCGGUGGUGGUGCUGGUAGUGGUAGUGGUGGUGGUGGUGGUGCUUCUGGUGCCAGGGGGAGCACUGGAGUGGCUGGGGCAGGGGCGAGUGGGAGCAGAACGCCAGGGCGUGGGGGUCGGGGGAGGGGGGAGAGUGAUGUGGGGCCGCUGCUGGCGCGGAUGGACGGCGACCUUCGGCAGUAUGUGGCGGAGCUGGUGGGGCAUGCUGGCGUGGCGGGCGGCGUGCUGACUGUGCUGGAAGAUGAUUUGGACGAGGCGGAGAGGCGAGGAGAGGAGGCGGAGAAAAGGAGGGAGGAGGCGGAGAGGGGAGGGGAGGAGAAGGAGAAAAGGAGGGAGGAGGCGGAGGAAAUGGGGGAGGCGCAGAUGAGGGGCAUGGCGGAGAGAGGAGAGAAGGAGGAUAAGGGAAAGGAGGUAAGAGGAGAGAAAGAGGAGGGCAGGCGGAAGGGAAUGGAGGGGCGGUCAGUGGGGGAGAGGAUGGAGUGUGGGACUGGGGGGAAGAGGGGGAAGGAGAACGCAAGUGAAUCAGGGAAGAGGGAAAAAGGGGAAUCUAGAGGCAGAGGUGCAGCAGAGGUGCUGAGAGAGAAUGGGCAGUUGCGAGUGGCUACGAUAGCAAGCAAGUUUGAAGAGAGGAGCAGAGCUGACGUGGCUGGUGUGACUGAUGUGGUUGAUACGGGUGAUGUGGGGGAUGGGGAGAUGGAGUUGGCGGGUGGGAGGCAUGGGGGAGGCACAGGCACGAGCAGUGUGAGGGGAAUGGCACAGGGCGGGAUGACGGAUGGAGGGAAAGGGGCGGCAGGAGAGGUGGAGCAGGGUAGUAGUGGCGACGAAGGGUUCAAUCCUAGGAGGGCGUACUCGGGGGAGGGCUGUGACACUGGCGCCAUCACGGCCACGCCUUCCCUCGCAGCGCGCAUUCUGGCCGGCAAAUGGCAGCCCGCCCUCGCUGCCGCCCUCAAGCCGCCGUCCUCCCGCCGCCCGCCAGUCGUCCAAUCAGCUGUUGCCACGUCUCUCGUCUGCCUGGCUGUCUCUGACGAGCUGCGCACUGCUUUGGCCUCCCAGGGGCUUCUUCAGGUGGGCAGCCAGCAGCAGGUCCCAAUUGCAGGUGUGGCAAAAACGGUCAGGUGCGAUUUCUGCACUGCACUCGUUCGUCUCUCGCUCGCUUACGCCCAUGCCACGCCAGACGCUGCUGCUGGAGGUGCAGAAGCCACACUGCUGACUUUUGGGUCGACUCAAAAGUCACUUUGUCACCUUGUUAUUGCUGUUCUUCUAUCCUUCGUCUCUCUCUGUCCUUCCCCCAUGUCACACCAGGCGCUGCUGCUGCAGGUGCAGAAGCCACACCGCCUGAUUCUAAGCCGCUGUCUGUUUGCCCUCGGCCAGCUGGCGCGCUGUGAUUCGGCGCGCUGCCACGUCACCGAGUCUGGGUCCAUGUCGUUCCUCGUGCCUCUGCUGCGCUCCAAGGACGUGGAGGUGCGAGAGUCAGUCGCCCUGCUCUUCAAGAACAUGGUCUUCCGAGACCCCCCUCAGGACAGCCAAUCGCUGCUCGCCACGCGGGCGUGCGUGGUCAAGCACGGCGCGAGCCCUCGCUCUGCCGUGCCACUGCCCACCAGGAAGCUCAUCGCCUGCAUCAUUCCCCACCUCGCCCACCCCUCCACCCCCACUGUUCGCGUCUACGCCCUUGCUGCCCUCGCUGCCCUCGCUAGGGUCACUCCGGAGGGUGAUUCUAACGAGGGUGAUAGUAAAGAGGGGGGGGCUCAUGUGCUGCAGGUGGUGAGGGAUACGGCGGUUGGGGAGAGGGUGCGGUUGCAUGCUGUCUCGGUGCUUGCUGCCAUUGCUGGCCUCAAGAGCAGGUGGGUCGGGCUCAUGUGCCGCUGGCAGGUGAGGCGGGCUCAUGGGCUGCUGGCAGGUGAGGCGGGCUCAUGGGCUGCUGGCAGGUGA